CACUUGCUUCCUAUAAUCUUUGAUCACUAUAGUUCAAUCUCAUAUUAAAUCAUUCUCUCUUUAGUCUCACUUUUAGUUAUUUCGUCCUUCAUACUUCUCUAGUCAUGGCUAUAUUUCAAUAUGCCACACGAAAAUGUCUAGUAAUUUUUCUAUUACUAGUUGCCUUCAAUGGUUCCCUUUUAACUCAUGGCAGGCAAAUAAAACCAUUGAACCAACAACAUUCCUCGCUUAACAACGACACUGUAGUUAAACACAGUGUUAAUAAUGUUCCUACUCAUCCAUCAUCUGGGAAGAAGAAAGUUGUUGACUCAUCAUCCGUGGUACCAAAAUAUGGUGUUGAAAGUUUUGGAGAUUCGAUGAGUUCGGACACAAAUGCUUUCAGACCCACAACGCCAGGGAACAGUCCUGGUGUUGGUCACAGAAAAUUUGCACCAGAAGAUAAAGAUGUGGAAGCAAUGGUUGCAUCAGUUCAAAGUCCUGAUCAUGUUAAGGUUUAUGUGACUGAGGGGACCCAAAAUCAAGAUGGUUUCAAACCUACAAACCCAGGUCACAGUCCCGGUGUUGGUCAUGCUCAGCAAAACAAAAUUGGACAGUAAAAUUUAGUCAUGUAAAUAAGCAAUUUCUUAUAGUUCCUAAAACUAUAGUCCAGCUACAUGUGUGUGUAUAUAUAUAUAUAUAUAUAUAUAUGUAAUUAAUGUCCUAUGUUUCAUUCUAUAGUUCAAAUUCUGUAUUCAUGCAUUGCAUGCCAGUCACCAAAUUCAUGCAUGUGGCCGCAUGAGCUUGGCUUUGAUCGUUGGUUGGUAUCAGCAGUUAUUAUCUAUCAUUCAAAAUGUUAGCUUUUAGCAUUAA